AUGAAAAAGGGGAAAGGACCUUUAUUUUUUAUGUUAGAGAAAAGAUAUAUUACAGAAAGAACUAAAAAUGAUAAACAGCAAUGUAAUUAUAAAUUAGAAAAAGAAAAUAAAUUGUAUCAAAGAAAAGGCAUUAGAAAUAAUUGCGUACUUUAUAAAUAUACUGAUUUAUUAUUAUUUCUUUUCUUAAUAUUUAUAUUAUUUCAGGCAAGUGAAAAAAAAAAUAUAAUAUGUAUGUAUAUUAUAUAUUUUGAUAUAUAUUCACACAAUGAAUUCACAAAGGUAGAUAUCUUAAAAUAUAGUCCUAGAUGCUUCAGACUAUUAAGCGAUGUAUGUUUUCAAAACCAACAUGAUUAUAAUUCACAAAAUAUGAAUGAACUAUCAUCUAUACGAUAUAAUUCUAGAGAGGCUGCAACUACCAUUAAUAGAAAUAAUUUUAAUGAUAAUAACUUACUAAAUAAAUAUCAAGGUCAAGGUGAAGGUCAAAACCAAAGGAAUAGUAAUAAAGGAACUAAUUCUAAUAUAUUAAAGGAAUCGAAGAUUGGAAAUACAUCUCAAUGUAAGACUAAAUGUUUAGAUUAUGAUUUAAGUCUUUUAGAGAAAUCUUUUCAAGGGAUGUCCUUCAAUACAUAUAGUGAAAAAGGUAUAAAUAAUGAGGCAUAUAUAAAUAAUGGGGAAAAUAAAAAUAAUGGAAAUAGUUAUCAAAUAUUAAAAGAAUCAAUAAAUGGAAAUCCUACUAUUACUUCUACUACUAAUAAUAAUAAUAUUGGUAAUAAUAGUAAUUCAAGGAAUUAUAUUGAUAAAAUGGGAAAAAGUCCUCCAGGUGUUCAUAUAAAAAAUAUGAAUGCAGGAGGAUAUGAUAGUGGUAGUAAUUCCCAAAUGUUUAUAGGAAAUAAAUAUGACAAGAAAAACUAUAAUGAUAAUAAUUAUAAUAAUCAUAAUAAUUAUGAUUUAAAUGGAUAUAACAAUAAAAUGGACGGUAGGAACACAUCACAAGGAAAUUUUCAAAGAGAUCUAUACGUAGAAGAAAAUUCAAGAAAUUAUAAUAAUAUUUCAUAUAAUAAUUAUUCAGAUCAUAGAGAAUAUCCAUAUAAUAAUAAUAAUAAUUAUUAUUAUUAUGGUUAUGAGAAUACCAGCAAUAAUCAUCACAAUAUAGCACAAGGAAAUUCUCAAAGAAUUUCUGUAGUAGAAAGAAACGAAAGAACAUGUCCCAUGCCAAGUAACUAUGAUACAUAUAACGAUCCAUAUUAUUAUAGUUAUUAUGAUAAUAACAAAUGGAAUGAUGAUUUUCAUGUAAUGGAACAAGAAUUUGAAAAAAUCGUUUAUCAGAAACAUGGUGAAAAUUUUAGCGAUCAUAAUAUGUAUGCGUCGUAUAAUAAUGAUUCAAUAUAUCGAGGUCAUUAUUACAGCCCAAGUAAUAUUGAGGAUUAUUUAGGAACUAUAGAUGAAGCUUUUGAAAAUGUUCAUUUUAAAGGACAGGGUAUUAAGAAUCCUGAUUUUAAUGCAAAUUUUAAUUAUAAAGAUUAUAUGACAGGAAAUGUGAAAAUUGAUUUAGUUGAUAGUUCAGACGAAGAAUUUGAAAAUAGGUAUAAUAGUAAUUCGUCUACUCAGAAAAAAAAAAAAAAAAAAAGCAAAGUACAUGAUUCGAGAAAACAUAGUCGAACAUUACGUAAGAGAGAUGACUAUAAUGAUGAAGAUCUUAAUAAUGAUUAUGAUGAUGAUAUUAAUAAUGAUGUUGAUGAUAUUUGUAAUGAUAGUGAAUAUGAAUUUCCUACGAAAUUCAAAGAUUAUGAUGAUGAUAUUUGUAAUGAUAGUGAAUAUGGAUUUCCUACGAAAUAUAAUGAUUAUGAUGAGAAUUGUUAUGAAACGGUAGGUGAAACAAAGGGAUCAUCAUACUCUGAUAAUUAUAAAAAAAAAAAAAAAACAGAUAGUAUGAAUAAAAUUGUAAAAAAAGAUUCUUGUUCUUACUUACAAUACGAUAAAAAGAAAACAGAGAACAAAUUACUUCCAGUCUUUGAAAGUGAUACAGGAGUUGAUGCAAAAUGGAGUGGUUCGAAAGAAAAUAAAAAUGAUAAAUCAAAUAAUGAAGAACUUGUUAGUUUUGAAGAAAAUUAUACAGAACAGGAAAUUAAUGAUAUUCUUUCAAAACUAAAUGAAUUUGUAAGUUUGAAAGAUAUGUUUAUUAUAUUUAAUCAUGUUAAAAGAAUUGAAAGGAAAAAAUUUCUUUGUAUGGAACAAGAUAUUAAUGGAUAUAUAGAAAAGUUGAUAAAAACUAAUAAUGUUCCGACUUAUAUAAAAAGGAAAUGUAUGGCCAAAGUAAAUUUUUAUAUGACUAAUGAUUACUUAGAUUUGGAAGAAAGAAUUUUACAAAAUUUUUAUACUAUGUUAUAUAGGGGUAGUAUGUCUAAGUCUAAAUUUAUUCAACUAAUAAAUGAACAAAGAGGUUAUUGGUUGGAUCAAAGAAGACAAUUGAAUAUCAUGUGGAAAGAUAUUAUGGAAAGAAGAAUGAAGUGGUAUUUAUUUCGUUUAAAAAAAGAUAAAACUAUUUUUGAGUGGAUAGCAUUCCUUUCUAUGGAGUAG